AUGAGGGCGACAAUUCUGGGAAUCUUUGGAGGAGUUUCCUCGGUGAUUGCGCAGGGUUGUCCAGAUUAUACGAUAUAUGCUCAAACGCCGCAUGGAGUUAUAUCUUCAGGUCCUUUGUCUUUGCCGUAUAUGAGGCCUGCACUGGAAUGCCGCACGUUCAACAGUUCUGCAGUCGAAAGAGUGAUUGAUGACAUGAAGUCACGUUUUAAAGACCCUGACAUUGCUCGUUUGUUCGAGAAUACCUUCCCCAACACCCUUGACACCACGAUCAGGUACUUCAACUCUACCGAAAAUUUGGCUUUCAUCAUCACCGGUCUUGUCGUGUAUCGGUCUCUUUUGUCCACUGAUCCGGAAUUGGCUUUACUCGUCAAAGCCGUCAUUAACAAUGAGGCGCGAUACAUAUUCCAAUACCCAUAUUGCGGCGCGUUCCAGCCUCCACCAGAAAGCGGUUUAAGUCCUUCUCACAAUGAUUGGGCUGAUGGUGUCACUGUGAACCCACCGGUGGACAAUCAGACUGUGUUCGAGUGCAAGUACGAAAUUGAUUCAUUGUGCGGUUUCAUCAAACUCUCAAGGUCAUACUACCAAGCGACCAACGACUCUUCCUUCAUGAAUCAAAACUGGGCUUGGGCUAUUGAUCAGAUAUUCCGCGUCAUUUGGGAGCAAUCGCAAAGCUCCUUUGAUGACGACUUUAAUUUUGUCUCGUAUUAUAAUUGGACAGGCGGCAAUGGAGCGCUCUCUCCUGCUGUCAACAACGACGGCAAUGGUGAACCGAAGGCGUACAAUGGGCUGGUAGGAACGCAUCAUAGACCAUCAGACGACCUAAGCACAUAUGCGUUCUUGACGCCCGCGAACGCGAUGCUCAGCGUCGAGCUUGGACAUUUAGCGAGCAUGCUAGAUCAAGUUCAACAGCUCAAGAAUGUCAGCAAACUUGCAAAGAAAUACAGUUCGACAAUUAAGAAAGCGAUUUGGAAUCACACAGUUGUCGAUGGUAUUUUCGCGUACGAGACCAACGGGUUUGGCGGAAGAUAUGUGAUGGAUGACGCUAAUGUUCCAUCAUUGCUUUCCUUGCCAUACCUUGGGUUCCUCGAUAAAAGCGAUCCGACAUACGUGACCACUAGGAAGCUGCUGUUGUCUCGGCGCAAUCCAUAUUAUGCGGCCGGGAAGAGCUUCCAGGGCAUCGGGGGACCUCACGUCGAUGCUUGGCAUCCCUGGUUGAUGUCUCAAAUAUCUGCCAUCUUCGGCACAGACGAUGACGAGGAAAUCCAUCAAUCUCUCUACCUGAUCGCUAACAACACGGCUGGUCUGGGGCUCAUCCAUGAAUCGCAAAACAUAUACAAUAACUCGGAUUAUACUCGUCCCUGGUUUGCUUGGGCUAACAGCUAUUUCGCGGAAAUGAUUCUCGAUCUAGCAGAACGUAAACCUCACCUAAUAUUCACUGAUUCUCGGAGCAACUUGUCUGGAUGA